AUGUCUCACCCAAUUUUCCAAUCUAAUGAGAAUAGCCCAUAUGGAAACUUGACAAGAGAAGAGUUUUACAAGCAACACAAAAUCAUGCACAAACAAAGUUUCAUGUUAAACAAACAAAACAUGAAGAUAUUCACACAAUCUUGGCAGCAUGAAUCAAGUAAUCAGUUAAGAGGCCUUGUGGGCAUGAUUCAUGGUUAUACGUCCGAAAGCAGCUGGCUUUUUGAGCUAAAUGCAGUAGCCAUAGCGAAAGCAGGAUUUUUCGUCUGUGCUAUUGACCUACAAGGUCAUGGUUACUCAGAAGGCUCACCUGGUUACAUACCAAGUAUUCAACCUUUAGUCCAAGACUGCAUACAGUACUUCGAUGCUGCUCGUGCUGAUCACCCAAAGCUUCCGGCUUUCCUGUAUGGUGAGUCAUUAGGUGGUGCAAUUGCUACACUUACAUGUCUAAGGCAAAAGACUGUAUGGAAUGGUCUGAUGUUAAGUGGACCGAUGUUUGGAGUGUCAAAGAAAUACAAACCUGUUUGGCCACUGGAGAAGCUACUACCAUUAGCCGCGUUCAUAGCACCAACUUGGAGGAUUGUGAUCACCAAACCACCUGCAUCUAUAUCAUACAAGGAGGGGUGGAAGAGAAAGAUGGUCUCAAAAAGUCCGAAUCGCUUGGCUUCCGAGAAGAAGCCACCAGCUGCCACUGCAUUAGAACUUCUGAAAGUCACUGAGUAUGUACAAAGGAAAUCUCAUGAACUAGAAGUUCCUUUGCUGAUUCUUCAAGGUGGGGAUGAUAAGGUAUGUGAUCCUGAAGCUGCUAAAUUUGUGUAUGAAUCGGCAGGGAGUAAGGAUAAGACUAUGCAGAUUUACCCAGGAAUGUGGCAUCAAUUGAUAGGUGAACCAAAUGAAACUGUGGAGCUUGUUUUCAACACUAUGAUAUCAUGGCUUGAGGUGAGAGCAGACUUGUCAAAAAUCUAAUACAUAUGAUCUCAAGUUAUUCAGAUGUUUACACACAUAAAUGUACACAUAACCUAUGAAUAAUAAUUUGUAAAAGCUACUGGCAGUUACUGAUAUUGCCAGAGCAGUUUCCAUCCUGCUAAUGUAGUGUUCCAUAUGUUUAAAUGAUGGAACCUUCUAAGCAAGAUGAUAAUCGCUUUUGGCACCAUUAAUUUCAAAA